AUGACGGGGAAGAAGUCUUCCCGGGAGAAGCGGCGUAAACGAAGUGGUCAGGAGGCGGCCGCGUCGCUCGCGGCACCGGACCUGGUGCCCGCCCUCGCCAGUAGCGGCAGUGGAAGCACCAGCGGCUGCGGGAGUACCAGCGGCUGCGGGAGCGUCACCUGCUGUGGGAACACCAGCUUCAGUGGAAGUGUCACCGGCGGUGGGAGCGGCGGCAGCUGCUGGGGCGGGAGCAGCGUGGAGCGCAGCGAGCGCCGGAAGCGGCGGAGCACUGACUCAUCUUCCAGCGUCUCGGGGUCCUUGCAGCAGGAUACCAGAUACCUUCUGCCAACUUUGGAAAAAGAAUUAUUCUUGGCAGAGCACAGUGACCUUGAAGAAGGUGGACUGGACCUGACUGUGUCACUAAAACCAGUUAGUUUCUACAUAUCAGACAAAAAAGAAAUGCUUCAGCAGUGUUUCUGUAUCAUAGGCGAGAAGAAGUUACAGAAGAUGCUUCCUGAUGUGUUAAAGAACUGUUCAAUAGAAGAAAUUAAAAAGCUGUGCCAGGAACAGUUAGAGCUCCUAUCUGAAAAAAAAAUCUUGAAGAUUCUUGAGGGUGACAAUGGUAUGGACUCUGAUAUGGAAGAGGAGGCAGAUGAUGGCCCUAAGAUGGGAUCUGAUUUAGUCAGUCAACAAGACAUCUGUAUAGAUUCUACAUCAACCGUGAGAGAGAACAAACAACCUGAAGGUUUGGAAUUAAAACAAGGCAAAGGGGAAGAUAGUGAUGUACUCAGUAUAAAUGCAGAUGCUUAUGACAGCGACAUAGAAGGCCCAUGCACCGAGGAAGCUGCUGCUCCUGAGGUCCCAGACAAUACAGUCCAGAGCGAAGCUGGUCAGAUAGAGGACCUGGAGAAAGACAUUGAGAAAAGUGUGAAUGAGAUUCUGGGGCUGGCAGAGGGUAGCCCCAAGGAGCCCAAAGCAGCUACCCUGACUGCUCCUCCACCCGAAGACGUUCAGCCUUCCGCACAGCAGCUGGAGCUGCUAGAACUGGAGAUGAGGGCGAGAGCUAUUAAAGCCCUCAUGAAAGCUGGUGACAUAAAAAAGCCAGCCUAGUUACUUGAAUCUGAAUUCUAGGUGUGUUUGAACAAAGCCACAUCGUAUAGUUUUGUAUAUGAAGUUUAUUUUGGGUCUUAUGUGAUAGUUUUCAUGUAACCCUGAUUAGAUAAACUCAUCUUAGGCCUAAAAUACCUGUGGUUUUUUUUGGUUGUUGUUACUUUUAUAUUAUAUAUGUGUCAUUGCUGUAUGAAUUCAUGCCAAAUAUCAUUGGAUAACCUGGAUACUUUGUUGGAUGAGUCUUUAUGUCUGCAAAUUGAUAUCUGAAAAGCCAUUAGCAAAGAGUCAACUGUUUGUUCCCCUUCAUUUUUAAAUGUUUUGGCUUCAGACCUAAAAGCUUAAGAAAGAUUGACCAAGCAUGUUGCUCUUAAGGUUACCUAUAUUUUUGUGGUAGAAAAUUAAAUUAUUGCUCUUAGAUUUAUCAACAAUUUAAGUUUAGUCAUGCUUAUAUGCACUUUUAAAAUAAGUCCAUCUUGAACACACCUUCUCUGGGUGUGGAUUCAACUAGUAAAAACUGAAGAGCAUUUUUUGUUAUAAAGUUUAGAGGGUCUGAAAUGGCUGAGAAAAAUGUUUUGUAUAAAAGAAAAAAC